ACCCAUCCCACUUCCUUUGUCGUCAUCGGAAGUGACGCAGGUCCGACAACAUGCAAAAUGGCGGCGCAUCAUCGGCAGAACACGGCGGCGCGAAGGAAAGUCCAGGUAUCGUAUGUCAUUCGGGAUGAAGUAGAGAAGUAUAAUCGUAAUGGAGUUAAUGCGCUUCAGCUAGAUCCCACGCUAAAUCGACUAUUUACAGCCGGCCGGGAUUCAAUAAUCAGGAUAUGGAGUGUCAACCAGCACAAGCAAGAUCCUUACAUUGCCUCUAUGGAACACCACACUGACUGGGUAAAUGAUGUUGUGUUGUGCUGCAAUGGAAAGACCUUAAUAUCAGCUUCAUCUGACACUACAGUGAAAGUGUGGAAUGCUCACAAAGGAUUUUGUAUGUCUACUUUGCGAACUCACAAGGAUUAUGUGAAGGCAUUGGCGUAUGCAAAAGAUAAAGAGUUGGUGGCUUCAGCAGGGCUGGACAGACAGAUUUUCCUCUGGGAUGUAAAUACUCUUACAGCACUGACUGCCUCAAACAACACAGUAACAACGUCAUCGCUGAGCGGGAACAAAGACUCAAUUUAUAGCCUUGCCAUGAACCAGAUGGGAACAGUAAUUGUUUCUGGAUCGACUGAAAAGGUUCUGAGAGUGUGGGAUCCCAGGACGUGUGCAAAACUGAUGAAACUUAAAGGACACACAGAUAAUGUCAAAGCGUUACUAUUGAACAGAGAUGGCACACAGUGUUUGUCUGGUAGUUCUGAUGGAACUAUCCGCCUGUGGUCUUUGGGUCAACAGAGAUGUAUAGCGACGUAUCGUGUUCACGACGAAGGAGUUUGGGCAUUGCAGGUCAAUGAAGCCUUUACGCACGUCUACUCAGGAGGACGAGACCGAAAAAUCUACUGCACGGACCUGCGGAAUCCAGACAUUAGAGUUCUAAUCUGUGAGGAGAAAGCACCGGUUCUAAAGAUGGAGCUAGAUAGAUCAGCUGACCCAGCCCCAGCUAUUUGGGUAUCCACUACAAAAUCAUCUGUGAAUAAAUGGUCCAUGAAGGGGAUUCACAAUUUCAGGGCAUCUGGAGAUUAUGACAAUGACUGCAGUGCCCCCUUAAUUCCACUUUGCACACAGCCAGAACAAGUCAUCAAAGGGGGCGCAAGUAUCAUCCAGUGCCAUAUAUUGAACGAUAAGAGGCACAUUGUAACCAAAGAUACCAACAACAUUGUGGCAUUCUGGGAUGUCCUGAAGGCUUGUAAGGUUGAAGAUCUUGGAAAAGUAGAAUUUGAAGAAGAAAUCAAGAAAAGAUUUAAAAUGGUUUAUGUGCCAAACUGGUUUUCAGUGGACUUAAAAACUGGGAUGUUGACAAUUACUUUAGAUGAGAAUGACUGCUUUGCGGCUUGGGUGUCAGCAAAGGAUGCUGGAUUUAGCAGUCCAGAUGGAUCCGACCCAAAACUGAACCUUGGAGGACUGUUGCUUCAGGCUUUGUUGGAGUAUUGGCCAAGGACACACAUUGUUCCAAUGGACGAAGAGGAGAAUGAAAUGAAUAUAGCUAACGGUGAGCAAGAAAACAGAAUUCAGAAAGGCAAUGGUUAUUUCCAGGUGCCACCACAUACUCCGGUCAUAUUUGGCGAAGCAGGAGGUCGCACUCUCUUCAGGCUUUUGUGUCGAGACGCAGGGGGUGAAACAGAAUCCAUGCUUCUGAAUGAAACUGUGCCUCAGUGGGUUAUCGAUAUCACCGUGGACAAGAACAUGCCGAAAUUCAACAAAAUCCCAUUCUACCUCCAACCUCAUUCUUCUUCGGGAGCAAAAACACUUAAGAAGGAUCGUUUGUCGGCCAGUGACAUGCUGCAGGUUCGAAAAGUGAUGGAACAUGUUUAUGAGAAGAUCAUCAACCUGGAUAAUGAAUCGCAAACGACAAGCUCCUCAAACAAUGAGAAGCCCGGGGAGCAGGACAAGGAAGAAGACAUUGCUGUGCUGGCCGAGGAGAAGAUCGAACUUCUUUGUCAAGAUCAGGUACUCGAUCCAAACAUGGACCUGCGGACAGUGAAGCAUUUCAUCUGGAAAAGCGGAGGGGACCUGACGCUCCAUUAUCGGCAGAAGUCAACGUGAUGUCCAAGCAAGGGAGCCGAGGGCUUGGUGGCUCGCACGAGCCAGCAGUUUCAUGGCGAACUCUCCCUCCGCGCCCAAUUUCACCAUCUGUACUGGGCGAAACGAGUAGUAAUGCUGCCCCCUUGCACCGCUCAAUUUUAGACCCAGCCCGUCGAUUAAUCCCCUACAGACAGAAGUGCCAAAUUAUACAGGCACUUCCAACGUCAUAUAAUUUAGGAAGAAUGCAGAAUGUAAAUUUAAACGAUCCCAAUGCACUGUCUUAAUUAGAACGGGCAGGCCAAAGGUUAUAGUAGAUAUAUAGUGCGGUGGUUAAUACUCUGUGCAGGUUUAAAUACAUAGAUAAAUGCUCCAGAUAAUGGACAUAACCACCUCUUCCAGUUCCUUUAACCCAUUGUCUCAGAUAUGUCUGCAUGGGCACCAGGCUAGGCUAGCUGUCGUAGUCGCCUUACUACAUGUGAUGUUACCUGUGUGAAUUGUAUUUCUCCAUACAUUCCAGGCAUUUUUUUCGACGGCAUCUAAAUGUCAGCAGUCCUGAUGGCUCCUUUAUGAAGUAGAGUGGCUGAUUGGAAUCAAAAGGGAAAAUGCAGAGAGCAGAUUCAUCGCUAGUGUUGGAACCAAGCUGCAAGCUAAAUGUAAAUUGUACCCCCGAUCGAAUGUUCUCAGUAUUUAUGUUUGUACGUUUUGUUCGGUAUAAUUAGCGGUGCUACAUCUAUCAGAGCUAAUCUAGCAAGAGAUGAGAUCUUGUAGAAAUAAUUUAACUGGAAAGAGAACAAAAAUCCAGGUAGCAGGGCGUAAGCACAUUUUCAAGGUUAUGGGGGUCAAGUUCUUUGUUAGAAUGAUCGAAAGAUGAUUGGGAUCACGGGGAAGUGACUGAGGCCAGGCUAAAGGAAAGUUAAGUACAGUAAAAGGAACAGUAAAAGUACAGAAAAGUAAAAGCAUGAUUGGUUUUCCAGAGAAUGAAAUCCAAUGGUCAGAAGGACCACCUAUAUCCAGACCCCAUCUUGGGAGGAGUUUGUUGUAAAUACUGUACUUUUUUAUUCAGCUGACUGAAUUUUUUUUAAUUUUUUUUAAAAUGGAAAGCUUUUGAGACUUUGUAGCUGAUCGCAAUUUUUUUUUGGAUAUUGUAGAUCCAGAGUUGAAACAUUAAGGCAUAAAUAAAAUAAUAUUUAGAUCAU